AUGGCGCGAGGGACAUCUCUCUUUGCGCAGGGAUUGGCCAACCUGUUCCUAGGGUUUUCAAUUUUCGCCCCGGCACUCUCAGCCGUUUAUGCCCAAGCGCCCCCCCCUUUUCCCCCCGGCUCAAACGGCAGCUCCAAUGGCAGCUCGGGGGUUCCCCCCGGGUUUCUACAGGUUAGCGCUGACCAGCCCCCGGACACGGUAUUAGGAUACAAUCUGACCGGUUUCAUGGACACGAACGCCUACUACGGACCGUACGGAAAUGUCCAAACGGACACUAACGCAGUGCCCGAGCCUAACGUUGACGCGAGCUUGGUUCCCCCCGGGUGCCACGUCUUCAACCGGUGGGCGAUUGCCAACUACACCGGGCCACUGCCCUGCCAGACAAACGGACAGCCGUCGCCGCCCUCGGGGCCUCCAUGCCUGAACAUUGCCGGGAGGAUUGCCCUCGUCACAGGAGCAUCGACCGGCAUCGGCCGCGCGGCCGCGGAUCGGCUGGCGGCCGCGGGCGCGAUCGUGAUCGGGACUUCGCGGUACCCGUGGCGGUACCCACAGCCGCCCAAUUGGCAGCUGUAUCAGCUGGACCAGACGUCGGAUGAUUCAGUGAAGCAACUCAUAAACCGCAUCGCGGCCAACUACGGCGAAAUUGACUUCCUCUAUCUGAACGCGGGGCGGCUGUUCAUCGGGGACAUCGUGAACAGCGACCUGCGGCAAUUUCAGCUCACGUUCGACACCAACUUCUGGGGCCCCGUGAGAGUCCUUCAGGCGGCACUUCGCUUGAUGCCCACUACGGGCUACGCGCGCAUUCUCCUGACCAGUUCCAUAGCCUCCCUGUACGGCAGCCCCGGUUCCCUGCCGUACACGGUUUCCAAGUGGGGCCUCCGCGCUCUCCAGGAGACCUGGGAUUCCACCGGGGCAGCCCCCGGGAGCACGCCCAGUAACAUCGACGUCAUCGCCAUCAUGCCCGGAACGAUCAACACCAGCCUCGGCUACAACGCCAUCUACGGUUGUCCUCAAUUGGCUGACGCGGUGGGGGGCCAGGUGAUCGAGUACUACAAGAGUCAAGGCCUGAACCCCCGGGACGUGGGAGAAGCCGUCUACAGAAUUGCGAUCGACCCCGCGCCGCGGCCGCAGUACCUCAUCAUGCGGGACGAUCAAUGGCCCACCAUCAUCCCCCUCCUCUGCAGGAGCGAGACGUUGCCUCUAGACCAGGUUAAUGUGAACACCCCGGCGGGGCCCAACAUCAGCGCAUGGCUGUCGAAAGAGGCGGCGGCGCGCUCCCAGUACACUUGCAGCGCAGCGUGUGGGGGCGCGCCGUCCUGUGGGCCGGGGCCGCUCGGGUCGGGGACGCUGGGCACCGGGACCAUCGGGCCGUACUGA